UUGGCAACCUGUGAUAUUAGUUUCUAAAAUCUUUUGCAUUUACAUAUAUAUUUUCAAAAUUUUUUAAAAUGGCUUUGCCUUUGAGAAAUCCCUUCUAUCGUCUAAUUGGCAAGACUGCUUUUAGAUUCUAUUCCAAAGAUUCUGCAAACUCUGGAGAUGAAGAGAAAGCUAAAUAUAAGAUUGUAAUGAUUCGUCAUGGUGAAUCGGAAUGGAAUAAGAAGAAUCUCUUCUGUGGCUGGUACGAUGCAGCCCUGAGUGAGAAUGGAUUGGUUGAGGCCUGCUCUGCCGGCACAGCUAUUAGAAAGGCCAAGUUAAAGUUUGAUAUUGCCCACACAUCCGUAUUGAAGAGGGCCAACGAUACGCUCAUGGCGAUUCUCUUGUCCAGCGGGCAUAAGGAUAUACCGAUUAGAAAAACGUGGCGUCUAAAUGAACGACAUUAUGGCGGGCUAACUGGGCUUAAUAAGACUGAAACAGCCAAGAAAUUUGGUGAGGAAAAAGUUCAAAUUUGGCGCCGAAGCUUCGAUACGCCUCCACCGCCCAUGGAGGAGGAUCACAAGUAUUACAACGAAAUACGUAACGAUCCGCGUUAUUGUGAAAAUGGCCCCGAUCCCGAGGACUUUCCCAAAACAGAGUCCCUUAAACUGACUAUCGAAAGAACUUUGCCCUAUUGGAACGAAGUGAUUGUGCCCCAAAUACGUGAGGGCAAGAAGAUUAUUAUAGUUGCCCAUGGAAAUAGUCUUAGGGGCGUGGUCAAGCAUCUCGAUGAAAUAUCCGAUGAAGCCAUUAUGGGCCUUAAUAUACCCACUGGCCUGCCAUUUGUCUAUAACCUGGAUGAAUGCAUCAAACCUGUGGGAAAAAUACAAUUUCUCGGCGAUCCCGAAAUGGUUAAAAAGGCCAUGGAAUCGGUUGCCAACCAGGGCAAGGCCAAAUAAUUGUUUAUUAAACUUUUUCUCUAAAUGAUUUUGUGUUGACCACCAAAAAAGAAGAAGGUCAAAAUAAUCAUCAUACACAAAAUAAUCAUUAUAGCAGUGGCGCCCUGUUUAAAUGGGUUUUAAUUGAAAUAUAUAUAAUUAUAAGUUUA